CAAGCAUUCGUGUAAAUUGCUACUUACAUAUACUAUCUGUAAUUAUGUUUACCCAAGUUUUAUUGUUUUACCCUAUCGGCGUGAGCGUCGGCAUGAGUAUCACGUCACAAUAGAGUUCUAGAUAAUUACUCAACGCGAUAUACUGCUCCGAAAAAUUAAGUACUUAGAUCAAUGUUAUCAAUUCAAGCAGUAUGACCUCCAACUUCAAAUUUGUAUUUUUAUUCAUGUAGUGGUUCUCUGUUUAACAUAAUUACCAAAUUGCAAGAGUACAACAAUCAUCAGUAUCUCGUUAACAAUCAAGUAUCAGGAGCUAAUGAAUUCCACAAAAUGCAUGGUGUAACACGAAUUGUUAUAUUUUGCACACUGACUACUGUUCUGCCUGUCAUGUUACUGGUAAUUCCGUUGUAUCUGCGUCACAGCUUAUAUGCCAGCGUUGUAUACACAGUAGCAGAGUCCGAUGUAAUCGAAAUUGAAGAUGGAAUUUCCACAAUAUUUUGCUCUGAGCACACUUUGACAAUGAACACACCGUUCCAUGCAUUCCAAGUACCUGAGCGACCAGAGGUAACAUCGUAUCGAAAGCAUUUGAGACUCAAGAAGAGCAUGACAUUGCCUGACGACACCUUGGAGUAUUGGGGCUUCUAUCUUCUCAAAGGAGCAACCGUAGCUCUAUCUGUUUGUUCCAGAUUCCCAGGUGGAUCUAUACUUGUUAUUAAAGGAGACAGAAGUCUGCGAACUUGCGGUAUAAUGGAACACACUGAUCAGAAAGUUUUGAAUGAAGAAAAUUACCUACUCAUGUCGAAACAAGUUCACGUUACUGUUGAAUCAAAUGCUCAAAAAAUGAGUGGGCAAUUAUCGAUGAAUAAUAAGAAAGCUAAUCAAACUGUAUCAACACCUCAUUCCGACAGUCUAAUCGAUCCACACAAUAAAAACCAGCUAAAAUUUCGUGGAAAAACCAAUAUGGACAGAAGUAAUGUUCGUGACCAAAUGAAUCCAACAAAUCAUCCAAUUCCCAAAAGUAUCACCGGCUUAGACUUAUCUCAAGUCUCAAACAAUACAGAUCUUCAAAUAGCGUUGUUACAAGAGGCGGCUAUUAGUCAUAUACAAAAACAUUCUACCGUUCAUGAAAGUUCCACUCAAAAAGGUAUCGACAAGCUUAGGCACAGGCUAAAAAAAAUGCAUUAUAUCAAUAACAAGUGGGAUAACAAGAAUGGAACUAAAAAUUCAACUUCUGAUGAUCAGAAAAGAAAAGAAAAAGUACUGCAACCACAAGAUAUUGAUCGCAGGAGUCUAAAGAAACGUGGAACACAUUCCCGUAAUAAAGAAUUGUUCUCAGAGCGUGAAGAACAUAUACGCAAGUUGGAAACCGAGUUAAACUCUUAUUCUGAAGGAAUAAAUAUUGAGGAUGAUGGAAUAGAAACUGAAAACAACAAACACCAUGUAGAUAAAAGACAACCGAAGGCCAUUGAGCCAUCGGUGUUAUUAGAUAGAGGAGUAGAACAUGGUGGUAAUGCUUUCAAUUUUACAAGUACAGACGAAGAUUCAUCCGUUUCAAGUUUUGAAAAUGGUUUGCUAACAUGCUACAAUGGACAAAUAUUGCUUACUCAGGAAUUUGAUCCCUCUGAAUUAUGUACGAACGUUAGUUUCUUAGUAAACAGCAAGCGGAUCCAUACUCAACACGAUGUCGUAGAAAGUGGCUACUACUACUACAUAUUCUACAGUGAUAAUGAUUAUGUUUCAAACGAUAUGCAUGCCAUUUUCGAUAUAUACAAGCCAACUUAUCAAUUCGAAAAUGUCACUGAGUCAUGUAUUAAUCAAACUGAAUGUUCAUUUCGUAUUGCAUUACUCUCCGGAGAUCGUGUUGUUGUAGAAAUACCAACUAGGAAUGGAAUCGAUCGCGAAGAUAACAACAUGACGCUGCUUACUUCAACUUGUUAUCCCAGAAUGGGAAUGUAUACUGUGUUUCCAAUUACUGUCCUGCUGUUAAUACUAGGGUGCGCUUUUCUAUGAAACAGCGUCUAAAUGUUCUUCGCGCAGCUCAAUAGUUAUGUUGAUACAACAAUUGAUUAAUUGUUAUUUUCUUGCGCCAUGAGCACGUAAAAAAUUUUGAUAUUUAUAUUUUGUAUGCAGUCUGACGUUGAAACACCUACGAAAAAUAUCUGUUUGUAAAUUCUACAAUUUUCGUAAAGCACAUUCGUGUAUUGAAAUUUAUUUUUUCAAGUUAUAACUUUGGACAAAAUCACUUUGUAUUUUGAACGGUUCACCAAAACUAUUUUAAUACAUCGAAUUUGAGACAUUUCUUCCAUCACGAAGGUAUGCAAUGAUCAAAAAAUCAUCAGAAGAAUUUGUUAAUUCCGAAACGAUUCGAAUACAACAAUAUGUGUGGCAGGUUGUGAUAAAGGUUGUAAGCAAAGACGAUGUUAUGUUUAUAAAUAUUUAUGUAAUUUUAAAACUACUUAUACACUUGUUGAAUAAAAAUUAUUAUUUUACACAGAGUCUCAAA